CGGUAACUUGCUCUCUGGGCUUCUUGGUUGGCGGGGGGGGUCCUUCUGCAUUGACAAAACCAAUAUUGCCGAAAGGAAAUACAUGACAUAGUGAUCUGGUGUUGGUGUCCCUGUGGUGUUUGCGAGGAGAGACAAGGAGGGACCAAGAGGGACUUCCCACUGUGUCAGAUUUAUGGAUUUUUUCCCCCGCAAUUUCUUCCAUGCGGAAUAGUAAGUUCAGUGGUCGGUCCCUGUGCUUGCUGAGUCGAGCAAAGAUAGACCAGUUUGUCAGGAUGGACCCCGAGAGGAUCAUUAACUUGCUUUUGAGGCGAGCCAACGACGUGGAGGUGAAUCCCGGACCUGGAUUCCAGGACAAGAUCCACACCUUGGAACGCCUUGUGAAUGAGCUUCAAAGAGAGCAUCGGACCUUCCACAAAACCAUAGAGCAUCAAGCUUUACAAAUUGUGACACUCUCCCGACAUCAGAAUCGAGCUAGUCAAUCCGAUGAUGUGCUGGCAAGAGUGACUCAAGACAUGCUCAUGAUGCGUGAAACCCUCGAAUCUCAAGCCACGCUCUUGAAACGGCAAAUGGCGCAAAUGGCAGCCAUGACUUGUGAGAUGAACUCGUUGAAGAAACUGAACGUCAACCAAAAGAACGAAUUGAAACAGCUCAACAUGAUGGCCUCCUUGGAAUCCAAGGCCCAACCACAAGACAGCGACAAUAAGGCCUGUCAAACGGUUGGCCACCAAGAAAAAUCAGCGGCCGCGGUCGCCGAAGAGUGCCAGAUCAAAAUGGAGACUCUCACAAACGCUCAAGCCGAAGUCACGUCACAACUGGAAGAUUUAGUGGAGAAAGUUCAGGAAAUUGAGAAGAAUGCCCGAGGAAGUGUGGCCCACUUGGAACGAGUGGGCAAAAAUAACGCCACAUCUAUCAAAGGCUUGAACUGCACCAUCAACAUGCUGAGGGAGGAAUCUGGGGCCCAUAAAACGGCCUUGGCUAAUAUCCAAAAAGAGCAACUCAAAAUGGGGACUCAAAACGUUGCUAUGGAAAACCAAGUCGGGAGGCUCAAUGACGAUCUGAUAAGUGUCAAGGGCGAUAGUCAAGAGCUGCUUGAAGGAGGCAAGAAUAAGAUUGCCAAUCUCGAGAUGAACUUGUACAACACCAUCGAGAAUGUAUCGGAUUUGAGCGACAAAUUGGAUGCAUCAAACACCUCACUUGACGGGCUGAUGGAAGAUGUCAAAGAUCAAAUCAAAGGCCACUCAAAGUUCUUUCAGGAUGUCAUCAGCGAGGCUGACAAGGAUCGUUUGAAAUUUCGACAGGAGCUAAACGCGGAAUUGAGAGACAUGCGGGAGGAGCAAUCCAUUCUUCACGACCAAAUGGUACAAUUCAUCAAAAGAAAUGCGGACGAAAACAACGGAGGAACCAGAAAGGUUUGGAGGAACUUGGAAGAGAGGAUGGAUACUCUGGACUGGAUGUAUGAAGACAUUCAAGAUCGGGUUUUCGAGAUCGACAAGAACAGAAAAAACAAUCUUGUGUUCUAUGGCAUCAAUGGAGACGAGUUGGACCAAGACGAUUGCGAAUCCCGGAUCAGAGAUCUGCUCAACACGUAUCUUCAAGUCACGCGCGAGAUCCCACUGACCAAAGUCCAACGGAUGUGGAAUGGACCCUCGUUCCGGGGUUUCAAGCCCGUCUUGGUGUGCUUCCAAUUGUUCAGGGACAAGGAGGAUAUCCUAAGAAAGGCGUAUCUCCUCAAAGGCACCAAUACAUUCAUCACCGAAGAUUUCUCCCGCAAGGUUCGGAAAGCCCGCGAGGAGCUGGUCAGAUUCGCUCGCGAGUCUCGUGCCCUCAAUCCAGCUGUCAAAUGUGCCUUACAAUAUGACCGUUUGUUGGUGGACAAUGAGGCGUAUUUAUACAACAGCGCCGAGGGAAAGGUCCAACGCGUCUUGAUGAAACCAACAUCUUUAGUUGAGAAACCCCCUGCAAUCAGACCUGUGUCGCGGAUCCCCAUUGCCAAGAGUCAGGGUUGUCAAACACCAGUUCUAAACUCCAAUUUAAGAGUGAGCUCCUGCCGAGAAGACCCUCAUGCUAAUCGAGGCUUUGGCGACGGCGUGUCCUCGAGCGAUGAGGAAAUGGAUCUGGUGUACUCGGAAUCUUUGACGGGACGUCCUCGACACCUUGUCCGAUUGCGACACAAGAACAAGUUGCCAAAGAGUACCAAUCAAUUGGAAAUUCUUAUCGAGGAAAUGGCAGAGAACAUGUCGCCUAGCCCCGAGUCAGGCAAACCCUUGGACCUUCCGAAACUUCAAUAACUUUGUGUGUACGUGGAGUUGUGUU